GCCGUAAUGGCUUGAUACGCAAUGUCGGCAAACAGCCCAUGAAUAUCUAUAAUCAUCAACUUGGAACAAAGCCAGUUAAAAGAUAGGAUAUCAACCCCGAGGACUCGGCUGCUGAAGUUACAAAGAAGGUUACCGAAGCUAUAGUGUAUAAAAGGACCAGUGUAUGUGCCUGCCACACAAUUUUGCACCCGAGUUGAGAGAGGCUUUUCAUCUCCACACGACACCUUUACUAUUCCGUCGCGAUCAAUAUGGCUUUCCUGCGUUGUUCAUUCCUGUUUUUGAUGUUGAUUGGCUUAGGACUAGCCCAAGCCGAGGAGUGUCCCCCUUUCUGGAAUCGCUUCGGGUCCCACUGCUACCGGUUCUUCGGCCACAACAAGACGUGGCAAGAGGCCGAGAACCACUGUCAGAUGUUCUUCAACCGUCACGCCCAGGGACACCUGGCUUCCAUCAAAAGCCAGGUUGAAUUCAAUCUCGUGCUGACCAUGUGGAAAACCUCCCUGCCGCCGCCCAUCCUCGGCCUGUAUCUGGGCGGCAUCAAGACAGACUCGUUCUUCAGCUGGUCCGAUGAUCCCAACAAUGGGAUAGCGGGGUUCGUCGCCUGGCUUCCAAAUGAGCCAAACAACAGCGGAGGGAUGGAGGACUGCAUGGCUACUACAGUCGACGGGUGGAACGACGUACCUUGCACUGAAACCUUCCCGCACGUCUGCAAAAUACGUAUCGAGUAGUCAAAGUAUGUUCGUGCAUCAAGUCAAGAUCUCAUCGUUGCCACGGUACAGCAACACUGCAUCUAUAGUUCACUCUGACUGACAGUUGACACCUCCAAAAAAUCACUUUUGAUAACCAGCCAUUUGGGUCUGAUCACUGAAUAGCAAAACGAACACAUCGGGAUAGCAACAUCCAUGCAACAUCACUACAUGUAUGCACAUGUACAUGUACAUGUAGAUCACUAUUUCUGUGAUACGUAACCCUUGGUUCACGACGUCCUGUGUUGGUCUGAACAUUGAACUUACAGCAACUCGCCUCUCCAAUCAAGACCAGUAAUAAACCACACCACAGAACAGCAUCAUCCAUGGGCCAUAUCGCUGCAUGAAGCUCACUCUUUAACUGCGACUGCACACAUCAAGACAUCCACACUUGGUGAAUGACGUCACUAUGUAGGUCUGAACACUGAACAGCAACGCAUCGCUCCCGACAAGACUAGCAAAACCCAAAACUCAGUGACUUGUAAACGUUUAGGUACAUCAACGUUCCUGCUUGUUUUUUUAAUUUUUUUUAACACAUUUUCGGUAAUUCUGUUAAAAAAAAGCUUACAACAAUGGCACAUCCCCAAAAUCUGGAUUAAAAGAAAAUAAUGAUCGGUUUAUACAACAGAGGAUGUGACAAUGAUGCUGUAAUAAUGACGAGGACAGUGAGCAACAUGUACCCACUAUAGCAUCGUGAAGUGUCAGCAUAGUCAAAAUUGCGAACCAUCGUCAUCACUUGAUUAACAGUGACCACUUGAUUAACAACAAUGACCCGAUCCGGGUGUUACUGCUUAGGACAAUAUUUGCCACACAUUACUUUACCUCCGAAAAUGACGGAUCUUUACAACUCUGACACUUCAAACCAAAUUUGCCUGCAAAUCAAAAAUCUUCUUUGAUCUUAUCACUUAUUGAAGGUGUUCUUUAGUAUACAAAAAUGAGUUCUUCUUUCGAUUGAAAGUAGUCUAUUCAAAUGAUUAGAGCUUACAGUAAAGGUACCAAUUAGUGACCAUUUAGUUGUGGUGAUGAAUAUUCUUUUUAGCUCAUAUGCAUAUCAUAAAAAAACAAUUAUGCUGCUUUGCAAAGACGUUGUCUUCUGCGAGUAAAGAGCCAGUCCAAAAUCACCUUUGUGUCCAAUUUAAUUCGUACCCAUGUGUUGUGAACAGUCAUUUCGAUUGGUAGGCAGUCUAUGAAAUGAACUUCGUGGAAAACAGCCC